AUGUCGUCACUGCCAGGAUUUUUCAAGGUCAUAAUAGGUAGAAAUCUCGUUAGAAGAGUACAAGGAGCCUUCAGCGGCUUCGGUGUUCAUGUCAGGAGUUAUUCAGAUACAACCAAAAGUGAUUCUAAUUCUAAACAGGUUAUGGUACAAGGUGAAAACGAAGAACCGGUGAGGGUGCGUCGCGCUCGCCCGUCGGACGUGCCUCGGGUAAUUCGAUUUGUCCGUGAACAUGUCCGACAAACCUGGCCAGAGGUAUCAGCUCCUCCAGGAUCAAAUCUGGUUUUGUGCGAUUUCUUGGCUAGGGCGUUGGCUCAAGGACAUUCAAUGUUAGCCGAAAAGCAAGAAAUCAGGCGGGGCUGGUCCCAAAUCCGAGGUCUCGCUUUGGGUAUAUCAGUUUGUCCGUGGGACGCGACGAUGCUGGAGAAGUGGGCUCGCUGUGUGAGCUGCACCAAAUCGAGGAGGAUGAUAUAUCUGACGGCGCAUUGCUUGAGAGCUCCGGCCUUGUAUGAGAAAUAUAAAGUUCAGAACAUAUUACAGGUGUACCUCAUCGUCCCCAAGAACAGUCUGAAGAGUGCAGACAUUGUUCAAGUACUGGCCAAGAGUGCGAUACAAAGAGGCCGAGACGUCGGCUUUCCUCUACUGCGUUUUGAUGUCAACGACGUUAGCAUAGCGAAAACGCUAGAAGAACUCCAGCUCAAGAAAGAAUGGCAGUUUUCAUACGAUGCUACUGUUUUGAAAGAGAAUCCGCAAUCUUCAGCAAUCAUUGACAAUAAUCCUAAAGAUGCAGAAGCUAGCCUUGAAGGGAAUUUCGUGGCUGUUUAUACAGCUUCAACAGAAGCCGCUAAAAAAACGAAUUAA